AUGCACUUUUUACUCUUGUCUACCCUUGGUUUGGCCAUCUUGGCAUCAGCCAGUCUUGAUGCACAGGCGAGUUCCAGCCAAGAACAAGCAACACAAUUCGCUUUAUUGCUUCGUGAAACUAACCAGAGGGCGAACAAGUAUGGCUACCCACUAGUUCCGUAUGCGCAGCUUGCGGUGCCUAUUCUCCGUGAUGGGGUAUCAAACAAAUUUCAACAUACGAGAGACCUUCCGAUCCCAGACAAAAAACUUGCAGAUUUCCCCCCUGUGGAUACCCUCUCUUCCACCGUGAUCAUUGAUCUUGCCGCCACCGACAUUAUCGUUGAUAUUCCUUCCAUGUCGGACCGGUUCUGGGUUUUCUCAUUCUAUGAUGUCUACGGAGACAACUAUGCAAAUCUCGGGGUUGUCGGGGGCUCUUCUGCGGGGAAAUACCGGGUGGCCUACCGGCCCGCUAACCCAGGUACUGGACCUGGUGGAGUGCUCGAUGGUUACAAGGGAUGGGUCUACUCCCCAACUCCAUAUGGAGUUUUGGUGGCUCGAUUGCAGCUCAAGGAUAAUGGGUCUGACGUGGACGCCAUUCAUCAGCUACAGGACAAGAUGGUGGUGACCAAACCGGCGUUGGGUAAUAUCCAAGUUGCGCCCACUCUGAGCGUUGAGUUAUUGAACAGUGGCCUAUCUGGAGAUCCCAACUUGGCAAGUCUACAGUUGACUUGCAGGCUUUCAUCUUUCAACCCUCCCAACCAGGCCAGUGAUGUUGCAUGGGUCAGUUCAGUGUUAAGACUCGCUGGGUGCAGCCAUGGGCAGUUUAACAAGGGAAACCAAGUUGAUCUCCCAACCAUGGCUGAACAAGCCAAUGCGACCAUGGAAAAGUUGGCUCAAAAUUCCCAGAAACUCAUCGAUUUGAAAAACGGAUGGCAAAUAUUCCAGUCUCAAAUGCAGGGAAAGUAUGCCAGUAACUACGUUAUCAGGGCUUAUUUUGCUCAUUCAAACUAUCUGGCCAUGGACACGAAGCAGGCGUUAUACCCUGUAUACUCUGAUGGAAACAAGGAUUUGAGUCUGGGGCUGUACCAGGCAUAUCUAUUGACCUUUAGUAGCAAGCCUCCCAAAGGGGCGUCCGGUUUCUGGAGCUUGACCACCUAUGGCUUCAAUUUUGAUUUGAUUGCAAACCCACUGAAUCAAUUUUCGCUCGGAAGUAGCUCCAAGCUUACAUAUCCCGAUGGUACCCCGGUUUAUGGUGGAAGCGAUACGAAAGAUGGGAAAUUCCAGAUCCUCGUUCAGUCACCAUUUCAUAAGAUCCCCAGUAACUGGACUUCCAACUGGCUGCCGGGACCGGCAGGUGGGGGCGUGGUUUAUCUUGCGCUGAGAUUUUAUGCACCCACAAGUGCCUUAAGCGAUGGAUCUUGGUCAUACCCUGUGGUAGAAAAGGUCAAUGUUAUCACUGGAUCGUCUCUUUCGUCCAACGUCGCUGGUAAUCAGCAACAGGUCUUGGAUCAAUCUCGUGGCGCGGAGCUCUAG